AUGGUUCAAAGUCGAGAUCUUGGACAACAUCAGCUUCCAUUCUCACGAAAUACAAACUCGCCCUUUAGCCAGGCUUCUUUUUCACCCUCUUCAAACCGAGCAGCCUAUCCUCUGCCCAACCAACCUCCACAAACAGCACCAACCUAUACAGACCAUGUGCAGAGGUCGUCAGACUCCUAUUACAAGCAGCAAAGACCUUAUUGUCAAGAUGCAUCUUCCAAUCAUGUAAGACACCAGAUGGGCUCCUCAAUUGUUCAUGGAGCUUCAAAUCAUCGAAACAUUCUGCCCCCGUCAUCACCUCAGCAGCGUGUACCACCUGACUUGCAUCAGAACUAUGCUCAAAAUCCACAUCGAACUACUACAGCGACCGUAGUCCAACCUCAAAAUUUCUCAGGCGCUCGCGAACUGCCAUCUUUGAUUCCAAUGUGCGGGACAAGAGCUGGAGGUAUGGCUAUUGCUGACAUUCUAGGUGAACCAUCCACAAGUGAAAUGCCAUCGCAGUAUAGCUCUCCGGUAACAACUUCAGGCCCUCUAUUUGGAUCAUCACACGCAUCUCCUCGCACAGGCUCUAGUCGAACAGAGCUAGCUCCAUUUAGACAGCCGCAAACACCAGAACAUUCUAAAAAAAUCGAACCAAGAGAUAAAGUAACGAACCUAAAUGGACCAACAGCAGAUCUUGUACGAUACAAAACCCCAGAAGCGCAAAGAUUCAGUACACCGCAACUAGGGCAGCAGCUGUACCCCCAAAGACCAAGGGGCGUUGAAGAAAGGAUGGAUUCAGGCAAAAUGACUCAUUCAAAUUUACCUCCCAGGCCAAACAGCCAGCCUAGUAACUAUAGAAUUUCAAAGCCAUGUGAUGUAGAUCAGACGAUAGUUCCCAGAGUCGAUAUAAGUAAAGCAGAAGCCACUCCAUGGCCUGUAGAUGUCCAAAAGUACGCUGGAACUACGGCCGAGGAAAGAGACCAACAUAGACCCUAUGCUUACACAGAAAGAGAAUGUAGUGAAAGAGAUUUGAUACAGGUGCCACUUGUAGAAUCUUCAUUUCAUUGCGAUCGAAAUUUAGAAAGGGAACGAGAUCGGAAUCGCGGUAAGGGAAUUAUCCUGCAGCAUGAGAGGGAGAAGCGAGAACAGAAAGACCAUGUUGAGCAUGAAUUUUCACGAGAAUUUACACGUCAGGCAGUGCAGCAAGGCACUGUGUUUAGCAGACCUUCAGAGUCCAUAGAAAGCUCUACACGGUUGCAAAAUGGUACAUAUGAGCCUCCGCGCCCUGUAUAUGAACCUAUUCCAGAGAAAGAAACGCUACUCCCACCGAGGCCACCAAAUUCAUUCGCGUACCAGACAACGGCAUUAACGCAAUACCUAGGAAAAAUAACUUGUGCAGGAAAGGAGCAGAACUACAAUCCUCUUAAUUCUCUUCCAUUUGGAAAUAAUAGUGUUUGUGAGACAGUAAUUCAGGAGCUUUCGGGAAUAGUACAACAACAACAGCCAAAUCGGCAACAGCGACAGUCCGUCUAUAACUUAUUACCUCAAAAUAGUAGCUCACAAUUACAUGAAUCUUCUAGUAAGAGGUAUAUAGAAGAUUCUCAACCCCUGCAACAGCGCAGUAUUCUCGGUCUGCAGGAUGCAAACAGGAAGGGACGAGCCUCUCCAUCACCCCAGGCUGUACAGGGUGUACAAACCCAGACUGAUGGUCCUGGAGGAGAGCCGAGUAUCAAGAAUGAAUUCGGAAGGAUGUUUUCAGGUAUUGGCAGCGGGGUUGGAAGUGUGCUACAAAUGCCAAGUUCAAAUGCUGGCUCAAACUACAGCAAUAAUUCAAAUAUGCGACGUGAAGAUACCGAAAACCUUCAAGAGCUUCAAAUUACUUGUAAGCCUCACUCACUACCACCGCAGACAUCUAAAAGACGAAAACUACAAGAAGACAAGGGCGACGAAGAAAGUAACACAGAGAGAAUCGCCCAGAACGGAAAGCCAAAGAAGCCGAAAAAUGGUCACCAUCAUCACCAUCACCACCACCGGCGUAUCGAAAAUACGGAAAAUAAUUCAUGUCGAAAUCAACUUAACUUGACACCCUUUAGAAGUGCCAAGGUCACUAUGCAAGCUAUUCAUGACAAUGACGCUAAGAACAUAAAUACACAUCAUCAUCAUGUUUCAAACCGUCAUCAUCAUCAUCAUCAUUCUACCACGAAUAAAGGCCUAGCUUCUAUUGAGACACCAACUAUCCCAACCGUUACAACAGUCCCAAAGCUAUCAGUAUUGAAUGAUUCCGUUCUAGAUUCUGUCACUACUCUACCUCGCCAUCAUCUGGGUCAUGGAUAUUACUGCUGUACCCUCAGAACCUCAUCGAACCAACACUCUAAUAGCAAUGACUUUCAUAAUCCCCGUGGAUUCUCCUCUACUCCAAACCCUCUCCCUCGAUUUGUUGGCCGAGAAAAUUGUACUUACACUGUCAGAGUUCCACGCAUAUAUCUUGAGGAUUCCGUGCGUGAGGAGGUAACCCAUCGUAAAGCUCUCUGGGGCACUGACAUUUACACCGAUGACUCCGACGUUUUAGCAGCAUGUAUACACGCUGGCUGGUUUCGGGGUGCAUGGGCUGAAGACAUAGAUGUGUCUCUGUUAGGACUAGAGUUAAAGAAUGACUCAAACGGAGAUCCAAUGCCUCCAGAUAUUAUAGAAGAAGGCCAACUCCUUGAGAAGCCCAGUGAAAAAGGACCAGGACACGCGCCUAGUGGCUGCGACUGCCAUGUCACAGUUUUGGUGCUCCCAUUGUUGGAACGAUACGCUAGCUCAACACGAUUUGGAAUCAAGAGUCGUGAGUGGGGUAUCGAGAGAGAUGGAUGGAAAAGCAAGCAUGAUGGUCUGAGCUUUAUGAUCCAAAGUGUUCGUUUUGUGAAUGGGGUAGAUGGCGAGGAGGGUAGAAGCGGGCGAAGUAGGCGCACCAUUUUGGGAAGGCAAUUACGGGAAAAAGAGGCCGAUAAUGAAGAUUUUUCAUGGAAGAUUUUAUCCUAUGAUUCGGGCCUUCAAGUUAAAGAGAGUUUAAUUAGGGAAAAAAACUUACCGCCAAGGCUCGAAGGCUUCAAAGGCCUGGGCAUGGGCGGGUGGUGGAGAGGGGGUGGUAGGAAGAACAGAGGUAAAAAUAUACUAGAAGAAACAGACUUGUCAACCGAAAACGAACCACCAAAUACUAAUUUGGCUAAGAUCAACCCACAUGUAGCAGCUGUAAAUUGUACUAUCCAGGAAUCAUCGACAGAGACAGUAAUAACCUCAAGUUUACCCGUAUCUUCCAAUCUAACUCCUGGCGACAUUGAUUAUCAAAAGAACAAUCACAUCGCACAGGUUACUCAACUUAUGCUAAAGAACUAUAAUCAACACCAUGCUACAUCACCUCUUGCAAAUUCAAGAAUUGCAGUAGGCAUUUCUAAGUCCUUGGCUUGUGGCGAGUUAAGUGAAAACACACCAGACUGA